UCCGUCCUCUUUAAGCUCUCUAUCUCCACCCAAAGCAAAGCUUCAGACUUUGCAGUUGAGUAGAUGAGAUCAUGAGAGACUUGAGUGUCACUCUUUCUCUUCGUCCCUAACCCUGAGAUCUAGCUCACUGCACAGUCUGAGGAGAGAGAGAGACUAGUAUAAUAUUCCAACUUUCACUCCAUAAUUUCACCAAAAUGCCACUCUUUUUCCACCGCCAAUCUUCUCUCCCAACCACCACCGCCACCUCCCCCUCUUACUCUUCCAAGCUCCUCAAGCCCCUAAAACCCAAUUCUGCCCAUGUCCCCACGCGCACUUCCCUGCCCAUUAUCGUCUUUUCGCUCGUCUCCCUCUUCAUCGGCCUCGCCGGAACCAUCUUCGCCAUCACCGCCCUCCGUCGCCCAGCGCCCAUUCCCGUUUUCCGAUGCGGCAAAUCGGAAGACACCUUCCGGGCAUUCUACUCUCUUUCGACCUCUCGGCAGCUCGGUGAUAAGAAUGGAGGCUUGGUUGAUCGGCCUAAGCUUCUUGGGUUCGUCGGAAUUCAGACCGGGUUCGGCUCAGCUGACCGCCGUGCGGCUUUGCGAAGCACGUGGUUUCCUUCUGACCCAGAUGGCCUUUUGAGAUUGGAACAAGCUACUGGUUUAGCUUUUAGGUUUGUUAUUGGGAGAUCUAAAGAUGCAAAGAAGAUGGCGGGGGUUCAGAAAGAGAUAGAUAAGUACAGAGACUUUCUGGUUAUUGAUGUCAAUGAAGAGUAUUUGAACCUUCCAUGGAAAACGUUGGCAUAUUUCAAAGCAGCAUUUCAACUUUUCGAAGCAGAUUACUAUGUCAAAGCGGAUGAUGACAUUUAUUUGCGUCCAGAUCGACUAGCAACACUUCUAGCCAAGGAGCGAACGCAUUCACAAACCUACAUUGGAUGCAUGAAGAAAGGACCAGUAAUCACUGACCCUAAAAUGAAAUGGUAUGAGAAAUCAGGACAUCUAAUUGGGAAUGAAUACUUUCGGCAUGCUUAUGGUCCUAUAUAUGUUCUGUCUGCAGAAGUGGUAGCAUCAUUGGCAAUUGCUAGAAAUAACAGUUUGAGAAUGUUUAGCAAUGAGGACGUUACGAUUGGGUCGUGGAUGCUUGCUAUGAAUGUCAACCAUGAGGAUAAUCGGGCAUUAUGUGACCCUCGUUGCACACCUACAUCCAUUGCAGUGUGGGACAUCCCAAAAUGUUCAGGUUUGUGCAAAGCUAGUAGGCUGAAAGAGCUUCAUGCAAUGAGUAUGUGCUCCAAAAGUCCAACUCUUCAUCCCGACGACAGAUAGUGAGCUAUCGCAUACAAUGCAACUCCAAAUGCCAGUAAUGCAGGAAGAUCAGCGCUGGUUCGGUUAAACAAUAUCUUGUUUCUUGAAAGAGAAGAAGCAUUCUUCUGAAGCCGCCAAUGAACUUGCUCUCGAUGUCAUUUAUCCAUUCAUCGGUUCUUGCUGUACAAUCAAUGUAUUAUAAACUGAGAUUUUUUCCAGAGAGUCUCCAUCUUAGGCAAUCUUCCUUGCCAGUGAGUAUGUAGAAUACCAGUAAUACAAGAAUACAAUGAAUAUACGGUACCUGUAUUAGUGCAAAAGACAUGGAUUAAUUUGAAGACUGAUAGGUUUGGUGUUGUACUUAGCCUAA